GGCCUCGCCGCCCGCCUCGGCCUCGCCGAUCCCGCCGUGGUCAGGAAGGCCGAGGAGCUGCUACGGCUCGCGCAGGUGCGCGGCGCGGGGCUCGUGGCGCAGCUGACGGCGACGAGCAGCGCCGUGCUCUGCCUCGAGCUCGCGGCCGCGCUCAUGAAGCGGCCCGUGGACAAGACUUACUUUGUUAAACUCUCCGGCUUGAGCAAGACGGCGUACCAGAGCUCCGCGAGGUCUUUGGAGUGUCUGCUGGGGCUGAGCUCGAGCCUGGGCCUGCGGGACUUGGCCGUGCAGUUCUGCUGCACGGAGGCAGUGAGCACCGCUUCCCAAAUGCUGCAGAGGUAUGAAUCUAGUCUCUCUGAAGCCCAGCAAACAGACCUCGAUUUCUCAAAGCCGCUCUUUACAACAGCUGCACUGUUCACUGCAUGCAGGCAGUUGAAGCUAAAAGUAGACAAGUCUAAAAUGGUGGCUACCUCUGGAGUGAAAAAAGCAAUAUUUGAGCGGCUGUGCAGCCAGAUGGAGAAGAUAAAUCAGCAACACAGCAAGAACGACGUUCCUUUGGUUGUUGAGACGUCUGAAAGCCUGCAGACCAAACUGGAGCAGUGUGAGCAGAAGGAAGAAUCUGAAGAUGAUGAUGAGAUGCCGUGUAAACGGACAAAGACUGAAACAAAUCAAGACUAUGAAGAAUGGAGAAGGAGAAUCCUGGAAAAUGCUACUAAGGCACAGAAGACAACUGAGAAUACUGCCUCUGAAGUGCCAUCUAGCAACAGCACUGCUGCUCGCUCCUAAUUUUAACUCCUCUUCCACUCUUAAGACUUCCAGAAGGCAUGUAGAAGAAUGGUUGGCUAGCAGCCAGUUAAUUUAUGAAAUAGUUCUAAAUUUCAGAAUGUUGUUUGUAAUAAAUGACACCAGAACUAUGGUGAUUUUGCAAGAACAAGCAUGUCUGAACUCUAGCCACAGUGGUGGCAUUAGAUGGUAGAAUAAUCUCCCUUCCAUGGGGAUAACACUUUAGUGCAACGUUAAGUGUGGAUAAGUUAUUAAUUACUUGCCUUUGUGCCUCUGGCUGGAAGUAGUUAAAAUAGAGGUAGGGGAUUAAUGGGUGCCUUCCUAACAGUAAAAACAGUUGAGUUAGAGUUUGAUAAACUUUUUUACUGCCAAAGAAACUCUGUUCAGAUGCUCAAGUUGACUUAGUUUUUAUGAUCUG